AGCAGUAAAGUAACGGCGAAAUGCAAAGUGUUCUCAUUUCUCCGUGAGAGUGUUGGUGCGCAAUCCAAUGUGGGCAGUUCUACGAGCUCGAACGUGGUCGCGUUCUUCGUCGAAUUCACUGGCCCUUCUUCAACCAUGGAAGCUAGGGUUUUCAACUUCGUCCGCCGUUGACGGCGGCGUCAAUAAAUGCAUUCUGGAUCUGCAGGAGAUCGAGAAGGUUCUAACGGACGUUAAAGCUGACGACGUGAAGGUGAUACCGGUUCCCAAGCACUGCGAUUGGGCUGAUUUCAUGGUUCUUGCUACUGGCAGGUCCACCUGGCACGUCAAAAAUAUCGCUCAAGCCCUAAUUUACAAGGCUAAGCAGAAGCAGAAAGGAACUGAACGAAUGAUGCUACCCAGUGUGGAAGGGCAAGCAGGGGGAAAGUGGAUCGUCAUUGAUUCUGGUAAAGUGAUAGUUCAUGCACUUGAUGAAAAGGCUAGAGCUUACUACAAUUUGGAGGGUCUUUGGACCCCAGGGACAUUGCAAAAUGAACCUGUUGAGGAUUUACAAAAGGCUCUUGUGAAGAUUCGUCGGAAAAACAAUUCGAAGAAACCUGCACAAAGGAAUGCUUAAUUGCUGCAAAUAACCUUUAUUAACUCUAGUUUGUGGCUUUGCAUCAGAUGUAAACAAUGUAGUAAUUUGUAAAAGCACGUCAGCUUUCUGAUCUAUUAUUUUACUUGUUCUUAGCACAAACUUUGUCAGGUUGUCCUGUUUGCUGCAAUGUUAAAGUUAGAGGACGUAAAUCUGAAGUUUUCAUGUUCUCCUACCCAGAACCGUCUCUGUUCUAUUUAGUUAUGAUGUUCAUUGGUUACUGGAGCUUGACCAUUUUCUACUAUUCAUAAUAGAGAUGUGAAUACAAUAAACUUUUUG